AUGCUGGACUGGAUGAAGGGAAAUGAGCAAGGCACUCAUGCUACAGAUGACUCUAAGCUGUUAGAACCUCCUGAGACCCCAGGCCAUGUCUUUGCGAUCCGCGCCUUCAAGAGCGCCCUAUUUGGAACGCCGGGGGCAGAGGAUGACCAAAAACACGCGUCUAAAAAACAACACGAUCACCAAAGAAGCAAAAGCGACACGAUAAAAUUAGCGCCAACGGACAUCAAGAUAGACACGAAUUCAGCUAGUGAGGACGCGACUUGCAACCCGGGGUCCCCUACAAAAAGCAUACUGGUCACACCUGGGACCGCGUUGCGCCGCAAGACGGUGUCCUUUGGCGAAAGCGUUAUCGACAAUGAGGGUAAGCGCCCUGGCUCGGCCAGUAAGCCAGCUAAAACCCCGCCAAAUCCUUCCGGGACUCUCAGUACGCAAUGGAUGUCUGGAUCCUCCGAUGGGAGCGGUAAACCGAGGAGCAAACUCACUCAAACACUCAUGAAUGCACGCGAUAACGCGUCCAAAAACUCCACAUCCACCAAGUCCAAUGACAGCACGGGAGAAGCAAAGUCCGACAUUGCUUCAGGGUCGAAGGAUAUCAUGGAUAACGAGGACCUCACCAUCAAUCUUGAGGAUCCGCACUCCGAGUCCGGCAAGUACUGGAAAACGGAAUUCGACAAUUACCGUGUGAGGACGAACCGAGAAAUCAAGAAACUGAUCCAUUACCGGAGCAUUGCCAAAUCCUAUGCUCGCAAGAAGGAUUCAGAAGCUAUGCGGCUGGCCGACAAGCUAAAGGAAGAAGAGGAGAAAGUUGCUGAGAUGGAAAGGCAGGUAUCACGCCUUGCUUCUUCCAUGGUCGGGGAGGGGUCAAUCGACGAUAAAGAACAUUUGGUCCAGGAUCUGACCAAACAGACUGCUCUUGCGUUACAGUACAAGCAGCAGGCUACCUCGCUGCGUAAAGCAUUGGAACGACAUGACAUCGUGAGCGACGCGGCAACUAGCGCGCAAACGAAGAAAGACUCGCCUUCAGAAGCCCCGACGGACGAACUUCUCAGAACACAACAGGAACUGAAGCAAGCCAAUGCUAAGAUCGAGGAAAUGCAACGCCAGCAGAGCCAACUGAGCACACUCCGAAAUCUCGCGCAGAGCUCAGAGAAGAAGGCCGAAACCCUUGAGCAAGAGAACAACUCCCUAAAACAAACGCUCGCCCGAGUGAAGCAGGAGAUGUCCCGAUACGAAGGACGACGGAAGGAUAAGGAAACACGGCUGAAGCAGAGAGAAGCCAGACUGGAGCAGCGGAUCCAGGAAUACAGAGAAAGGCUUAAGACGGUCUCUCAAGAGCAUCGGGCCUCGAUGGAAAAUCUAAGAAAUACCUCCGAGACAGAGCGUCGCCACCUGCAAAAACAGAUCGACCUGCUGAAACUACGACUUGGUUCCACUGAACGAUUUCCAGCUCUACCUUCUACCGAGCGGGAAUUCUUGAGUCCUCGUAAAGGCUACACCGGCGUGCAAGUCUUCGACUUCGCCGAUGAUCAUACAGGCCAAGAUCUCGAGGACCCAGAGGAACCGACUGAAGACAUCGAGUCACCGCCAAGUCCAAGUCCUCGCUCGAAAGUACGCAACUCGCGACCUGCCUUGCGCAGCGCCACAUUGGGCACGAGGUUUAAUACGCUCGAUAUGGGCGCAGAAGAUGACGAGGUCACGCAUUAUCUGAAUGAGAUCCUAACGAAACCACGGCACGAGUCAAACAAUGCUGCUGCCUCAGACGAAGUACCUCCAUCCUCGCCUCCUGAUAUCCCAACCCUGAGGUCACUGAAUCGCACAUUCUCAAGACGCCGACUCGGCGAUGGCCAGCGAAGUUAUCGGAAUCUCAAUCUUCCGGACGAUGACACUCGCCUCAGCAACCGACAAGCACAGCGCGAACGAACGCACAUCAAAUCUACCCUUGAUUCAAUCUCGAGCCUUCCAUAUCGCAGCCGGUAUUCGGGGAAUACCGUUUCAGCAGGCGAGCGCGUGGGUAAGCGCUAUGAAUUGGCUGAUAUGAAGCGUGAGGCUCUCAGUCCUGAACGAAUUGCCGCUGCCAAAUCACGGCUCAGGCAGAAGGGGAAUCGCAGGAUGAAAGCUUCUGGAAAGGAAAAUGUAUGA